CGGAGUUUGGAGAAGGAUUUUUCGGCACCGACGGGUCCUAAAACCUGCCCGGACUGGAUGCUGCUUUGACGACAGUCGCCGUGUGAGCUUCGGCUGUUCUUUCAGAUGUCUGGAAGGAACCCUGCCUUCAGCACAUACCUGAGGUCUCCACCUGUUGCCUGCUGUAACGAGACAUUGAGAAGCAGCUAUCCUGUGUCUGCUUUCAUCCCCACACCUCCGUCUGCCACUAUUAAGUUGUCUGAAUAGGACUUUGUGGUCACCGCACUCAUCAUGGAGGUGGUGUGUUGUCCUCGCUGAAAUCUAACGUAACUAUGACUUCUCACAGCCGACCAGGUGGUUUUACCAGCAAAGACCAACCUCUGGAACUUCUUUCAUCAGCUGCAAACAACCAUUGUGUGGACGUGAGCACAGCAGCACUGCCCACGCAGGUGCCUCCUGCCACCACAGCCAUCCUCCCCAUGGACCUGCGUAUAGUGGACCACCCCCACCAUCUCCACCACCAGCAGCAGACCUCUUUCAGCCAUGUUCCUCCUGCCCACCCGACACCACCCAGCUCCACAACCUGUCCCAAAUCCUCUGAGCCAGGCCGUGGACAGAUCCUAAACCACCAGGAGCAGCAGCUGCAGCAGGAACUGGUGGCUCUUAAACACAAGCAGCAGCUUCAAAGACAGCUACUGAUCGCAGAGUUCCAGCGCCAGCACGAACAGCUGUCCCGCCAACAUGAAGCCCAGCUGCAGGAACACAUCAAGCACCAACAGGACUUACUGGCCCUCAAGCAUCAGCAGGAGUUGUUGGAGCAUCAGAGGAAAAUGGAGCAGCAACGCCAGGAGCAGGAAGUGGAGAAGCAGCAGAGGGAGCACAAACUCCAGCAGCUCAAAAACAAGGAAAGGGGGAAAGAGAGUGCAGUUGCCAGUACAGAGGUAAAGAUGCGACUUCAGGAGUUUGUCUUGAACAAAAAGAAAGCUUUGGCCCAGCGAAACAUAAACCAUGGCCUCCCCAGUGACCCACGCUACUGGUAUGGAAAAACCCAGCACAGCUCUUUGGACCAGAGCUCUCCCCUCCAAGCAGCCAUGUCAGCUUACAACCAUCCCAUCUUGGGCAUGUAUGACUCAAAAGACGACUUUCCUCUCCGUAAAACAGCCUCUGAACCAAACCUGAAGCUUCGCUCCCGUUUAAAGCAGAAGGUGGCAGAGCGCCGCAGCAGCCCGCUGCUUCGCAGAAAAGAAGGUCACAUCAUGACUGCUAAAAAACGUUCUCUGGACAUGGCUGAGUCGGCGUGUAGCAGUGCACCUGGCUCAGGCCCCAGCUCCCCAAACAACAGCUCCAGCAACAUCCCCAAUGAGAAUGGAGUCACAACCUCCAGCAGCCCAGGAGAGGUGUCUCUACUUCACCGGCUAGCUGUACGUGAACACUCAGUCAACCAACUUUCUCUCUACACAUCCCCUUCUCUUCCUAACAUCACCCUUGGCCUGCCAGCUACAAAUCCUGCCAGCGCUCUGGUAUCAGGACAUCAAGAUGGUGAUAGUCGCCUGGCUUUGCCUGCAUUACAGCAGGGCAUCCCUCUCACUGCUCCUUUUCUGCCCGCUGCACAUUUGCCCUCAUACUUGACAACUUCUGCUGUGGACAAGGAGGGGGCUGGAGGAAGCACAGCUGGUCACAGCCCCCUUCUUCAGCACAUGGCACUGCUGGAACAAAGCCACAAUCCAAUAGUUGGGCUCAGUGGCCUCCCACUACAGUCACCCUCUGUCUCCAAGCUCGCUCGCGGGCACCGGCCCCUUGGGCGGACGCAGUCGGCGCCUCUGCCCCAGCAACAGUGUGGUCAGGCCCACGCCCUGCAGCAGCUUGUGGUCCAACAGCAACACCAGCAGUUCCUGGAGAAACACAAACAGCAGUUCCAACAACAGCAUACCAUCAGCAAGAUAACGUCCAAACCCAGUGAUCAGGUCACACCUGCAAGCUCCAGUGCCUCUGGGCCAGGCAGGCAGCACCAGAGCCACCCAGAGGAGACUGAAGAGGAGCUCCGGGAGCACCAGGAGCUCCUUUCAUCCUCUUCCUCUACCUCUGUGCAGGAAGCAGGGCUGCUACGUGGACUGGUCAUCAAGCAGGAGCCCCCAGACCCCCAUGAACACGAAGAAAGGGAACAGAGGGAGAGGCAGGUCGAGCAGGAACUCCUGUUUCAUCAGCAGGCUCUUCUGUUAGAGCAACAACGAAUUCACCAGUUGAGGAACUAUCAGGCAUCAAUGGAAGCAGCCGGCUUAUCAGUCAGCUUUGGGCACCGGCCACUCUCCAGGGCACAGUCAUCUCCAGCUUCCUCCUCCUUCCCCAUGGUAGCACAAGAACCACCUCCAAAGCAUCGUUUUACUACAGGCCUGGUGUAUGAUUCGCUCAUGCAGAAGCACCAGUGUAUAUGUGGUAACACCACCAGCCAUCCAGAGCAUGCCGGCCGCAUCCAGAGUAUUUGGUCACGUCUACAAGAAAGAGGCCUCAGAGCACAUUGUGAGUGUAUCCGUGGUAGGAAGGCCUCGCUGGAAGAGCUGCAGACUGUCCACUCUGAGGGCCAUGUUCUGCUGUAUGGCACCAACCCACUGCGGCAGAAGCUAGAUUGUUCAUUGAACCCUAUGUUUGUGAGGUUACCAUGUGGAGGGGUCGGGGUGGACAGCGACACCAUUUGGAAUGAGGUCCAUUCAUCAAGCGCAGCACGUCUAGCUGUGGGCUCGGUGGUGGAGUUGGUGUUCAAGGUGGCAUCAGGAGAACUGAAGAAUGGUUUUGCUGUCGUGCGACCACCUGGGCACCACGCGGAGGAGGCCACACCAAUGGGAUUCUGUUACUUCAACUCGGUAGCCAUAGCUGCAAAGCUACUGCAGCAGAGGCUCAACAUCAGUAAGAUACUUAUCGUGGACUGGGAUGUUCAUCAUGGUAAUGGCACCCAGCAGGCAUUCUACACUGAUCCUAGUGUUCUGUACCUGUCAUUGCAUCGCUAUGAUGAUGGGAACUUCUUUCCUGGCAGUGGAGCACCUGAUGAGGUGGGUGAUGGUGCUGGUGUAGGCUUCAAUGUUAACAUGGCCUUUACUGGUGGAUUGGAGCCUCCAAUGGGUGAUGUUGAGUAUCUCGCUGCAUUCACGUCAGUGGUCAUGCCUAUUGCCAAUGAGUUUGCCCCAGAUGUGAUUUUGGUAUCUUCAGGCUUUGAUGCAGUUGAUGGCCAUGCUCCACCACUGGGAGGAUACAGACUCACAGCCAAAUGUUUUGGCUACUUGACCAGGCAGCUGAUGGGCCUGGCAGGCGGUCGGCUGGUGCUAGCACUGGAGGGGGGUCACGAUCUCACAGCCAUAUGUGACGCCUCUGAAGCUUGUGUCUCUGCUCUGCUCGGCAAUGAGUUGGACCCUCUUCCUGAUGAGGUGCUGCAGCAAAGGCCCAACGCCAAUGCUGUCCGCUCUAUGGAAAAAGUUCUGGAAAUUCACAGUAAAUACUGGCGUUUGCUGCGGCACAAGGCCGCUACGCUUGGAUGCUCUUUGAGUGAAGCUCUGAGGCAUGAAACCGAGGAAGCUGAGACUGUCACCGCAAUGGCCUCCUUGUCUGUUGCCAACAAGCACAUUGGAAAUCAGCUUGAAGACGAGCCAAUGGAAGAAGAAGCUCCCAUGUAACGAAUAAUCCACAGUGUCCUCAUCCAGUAAGAUCUGUUUUGAUUACGAGCCAUGCCAACAUCACUCCCUUGCCUUAUCAGUGGCACCUUAUCAUGGGAGAAACCAUGUUGACAAAAGUGAUGCAGAAAGGAAACGGAGCAGUGAAGACAACCGAUGCAGUUCAGAUCAGUGAUCACAGGCUCUUAAUAAACACUUUGGAUUUAAGGAGGUCGACUCCCAAAGUGACAACCAUCGAGGG